AUUUUCUUGUUUUGUUUGUUUAUUUUUUACGUAACUAAAGGAAUAGGCUGGAUUUAUCGUUAUCCUGCUCAUUCAUGCAAGAACAUCCGGGACGUUGGAGACUCCAAAGGAGACGGGGAAUACUGGAUCGACCCUGCAAAGAAUGGAAAGCCAUUCAAAGUCUACUGCGACAUGACAACUGAUGGAGGUUUGCUAUCAAGGAGAAAAUAACUUGUGAUUAGUUUGAGUAAAGCUAAAUUUCUUUUUCCUUCUUUUCAUGGAUCAUGGGCUUACAGAAUCGAGGGACCAAAAUAGCCCGAUAUUUCGCCAAAUUGAAACAAAGUGUUCUUUAAUAGACCAAUUUUGAUCUUAAAUAUGGCCAUUUCUAUUGAAUUAGAAAAAGAAAUUUCAUCUUUGUCAUUUUUCGUAUUUAAAAACAGAAAAUAAAAAAAAUGAGAUAGAAAUACAGAAAAAGAUGAACAAUUGAAUAAACCAACGGGAUAAUAGACAAUAUCUCUUUGGUUUUCAGGUGGGUGGCUUCUCAUUUCCAACAUCGUUAAGGGCGCCUUACCUAUUCAACCCUCCCUCUGGGAGUCCUACGAUGGAAUCAGCCUUUACAAGAGAGGGAACAUUGUUCUCAACAGAAGCGCCAUGAAAGAACUCAGAUCGAAUGUGUCUUUCACUCAGCUGCGAUUCUUCUGUAGUAAACAACAGGGAAGUACGUUCCACGUGACCACGGCCGCUAACAGUACUGGUGAAGCUGUUGUCCAGUACUUUAGCGGUCAGACGGAUGCGCGACCGGAUGCCUGUGGCUCGUUUGUGAGGAUGGAAGAUGAUAACUCAGCUAUGUCACAAGUUUGCAAAGAGUGGGGGAGUAACUCUUUCAACAAGUCCACUAACAAAUGGAGUAAAGCUCAAAACUAUGAAAAGCGGCUGUAUCAUCACGUGGUUCGCGUCUGGUUCAAAUAUCAUUGGCUGAUUUCCCAAGAACUUAAGAGAUACGAAUGCGACGAUUUUCAAGACAAUGUUUCCACAGGUGAUUUUUGGAAGAUAUACGUACGUUGA